ACAAGCAGAGAUAGAGAGAGCGAGAGCGAAAGAGAGAGAGAGAGAGACGGAGAACAUGAGCUUUGUCCCUGCUGAUCAUUUAAUCUUCGAGAUAUCGUUUAGACAGCUCGAACAGUUCGGUUUGGGGUUUGUCAUCGCUAGGUUUUGGCAGUCGCUUCAUGUAGACAGUUUGCUGAGCUAGUUAAUUUAGUCCUUCCGUCUCCAGUGUUUUUAUGGGGAGGGUUUAUGAUCUAGUGGUCGAAAAGGGGGUUUAGAGCUAUGAGCCACUUCUUGUCGGCUGAAGUCAGACUCAUCACAGCCACGUAACAUUUCUCCAGGAGGAGAUGGUGUUGGUGGUUCUUUGGUAGUGUCUGAUCUGCCUGUCCGUAGGGUUGGUGAUGAUGAUCCAGGGGAUCCCGAUGCGUAUCAUGUGGCUUUAAUUUGAGCAGAUCAGUGGCACUUGAGAGACUGGUGUGUUGGCACUGGAGCUCGUUUGGCAUCGGCAAUGAGGCGACAGGCAGCGGAGGUUUGGGAUAUUUAGCUAGAUCGAGACGAGAGAUGAUCAUUGCAUGCUUAUUUAGGUUGAACGCUGGUGGUGCUUUGAUGGACUAGUUCAUCAGACCGCUGCACUUUAACUUACAGUCGCGUAUAGAUCUGCGUUUGAUCUUACAGCUCUAAGAUCAUUGAUAUCCGAAUGGCUUUGUGCCAGAUCGAUAGCUAACCGAUGUCUAAGGGACGAGUUUUAAAGUCUAAACAAAGAUCUGAAGACGGAAGACGGACCGCAGGCAUCCUGGAGGGGAUCACGGUGUCUGUGACCAACAUGAAACCUGACAGAGAAGCAGCAGAGGAGUUCUUUGAGUAUGAUGCUGAGGAGUUCCUGGUGUUCCUGACACUUCUGAUCACAGAAGGGCGGACUCCAGAAUGCUCCGUAAAGGGGCGGACAGAGGGUGUUCACUGCCCACCUGCCCAGUCUGCUAUGCCUGUCCUUACCAAACAUGAAUGCAGUGACAAAAUACCACAGUGUCGUCAGGCAAGAAGAACAAGGUCAGAGGUGAUGUUACUAUGGCGCAAUCACAUCCCCAUCAUGAUUGAGGUGAUGCUGCUUCCUGACUGUUGCUAUAGCGAUGAAGGCCCAACCACAGACUGCACAGACCUAAAUGAUCCAGCAAUAAAGCAAGAUGCGCUUUUACUAGAGAGAUGGACUUUACAGCCAGUGCCCAGACAGAGUGGUGAUCGAUUUGUUGAGGAGAAAACCUUGCUUUUGGCUGUGCGUUCCUAUGUGUUUUUCUCACAGCUCAGCGCGUGGCUCAGUGCCUCUCAUGGACUUGUACCUAGAAACAUCCUAUACAGAAUAAGUGCAGCUGAUGAAGAACUGAUAUGGAACUUCUCACAAACACCCUCUGAACAUGCUUUCCCUGUCCCGAACGUGUCCCAUAGUGUCGCUCUCAAAGUGCGGGUUCAGUCUUUGCCUCGCCAGCCCAAAUACCCCGUACUCAAAUGUAGCAUCCACUCAGGUAUAGCUUUUUUGGGCAAGAGAAACCUGGAGCGUGGAGAGGGUAGGAACCACCCUGGAGAGAAUCGCAGUUCCCUCCGUCUGCCAGGAUCUCCACUCUUCUCCAGGCCUCUACGCCCUUCUCCACCUCCCCACAGCCCUCUUAACACCCGUAAAUGCCACCCUCGCCCUGAGUCCCCUCUCCCACCAGGCAAAGCUGUCAAGUGGCUGUACUCUCGGCUGAACGGUGGCGUGGACAACCCCCCUACAGAGGCGUAUAACUCGUGUACUGAUGGGGCGGAGAGCCCAAAGACCUCAAGUGUGGAGUCACCAAUUCGUGGUUUUAAAUCACUCUCCAUUACCGACCCUUUAGUUACCCCCAGCCCAAGUCCCAGCUCCAUCUCAGGUGAAACAAACCCCCUCAUUGGCUCCCUGCUUCAGGAGAGACAGGAAGUCAUUGCUCGCAUUGCUCAGCGACUGAAUUUAUGCGACCCUACAGCUCCCCAUCUCCCUGAUGCUCUCUUCACUUCUCAAGAACCGCCAGGACACAAAACAACCUGGAACUCAUCGCAGGAUAAGGAGCGCUUGAAGAAAUCCAAAGAGCCCCUCUUCCCAGUCCCCCACCCUCAAAACCAUAAUGGAACCAGUCUAGAAAUCCCUGAGAGGAGCCGGUCUUCUCUCUUUGACACCCCUUUGAGCCCUAGAAGCAGAACACGGCUGGACAGAGUCGACCGCGAAUCAAAAACUUCCCCAAAACUCUCGACUUGUAGGCGCCUGGUACUCAGUGACCAGUCUGCUGAAGGUUCUCUGAUUGCAGAUGCAGUUCAGGACAUCUCGAGGUUGAUUCAGGAGCGACUGCAACAUUCCUACAGUCUCCUGAAUGGCACCUAUAAAUUGAAGACCUCUCAAACCGAACAGGUUGAGACAAAUCACGGAGCGCAGACAAAUGGCUUUGUAUCAUCAAGCCAUGAGAAGUCUUCAAGUGCACCCAAUGGUGAGGCAAGCACAGAUCCUCGUAUUUCUCAAGCAACAAAAUGUUGCAGAUCUCCCGACUCUCGUCACAGUAAGCGGGACUGUUCCCCUAGACCACAAAAUGUGGCCGGUUUAAAACUUGAAGACCACAGCGUCACAAAAUCACAGCCUUUAACGGCAACUAAUAAGCAACAGUAUGCCAGUAAAGAGUCCUGGACCUCCUUGAAAAUCAACUCUAGCCUUGCAAGCUCUCCUCAGGAGAAUGGCCUGACCCGGACCGGAUACCUCCAGCCCUUCAAGACCCAAGAGGCAAACCAUGAGAAAGGAGCAGAAAAGGAUGUCUGGAAUGGGUCCGCUUGUCCUAAGAAGAAUGAGAACCAGGAGCCCUGGGCUUCUCCCUCUAGCACACCAGCCAACCUUACUUGCAACUCCUCCAGUCCUGCCCCUGCCCAGAGCAAUCAUACUAGACCCUCCCCGUUGAAGCCAUGCAGUAACUGGAAAAAACAACAGAAUCGCCACUCCAUUGAUGGAACUGCAACAAAAGCCUUCCACCCCUGCACAGGCCUACCUCUCCUCUCCAGCCCGGUUCCUCAAAGAAAAAGCCAGACAGGAUAUUUUGAUUUAGACACAUCUCUGAUUCAUUGCAGAGGUGUGCCAUGGGCUGCCAAUAAGAGGGUUUUGAAAAGAUCACAAGACUUUGAUGAGUCUCAGCAUCAGAUCCUCAGUGCCAGCGCUCCACCCGCCAGCCUCAGCCUUUUGGGAAACUUUGAGGAGUGUGUUCUGAAUUAUCGUUUGGAGCCAUUGGGCACAGUCGAGGGUUUCACAGCAGAGGUUGGCGCCAGCGGAACUUUCUGCCCCAGUCACAUGACCUUACCUGUUGACGUGUCAUUCUACAGCGUCUCUGAUGAUAACGCACCUUCCCCCUACAUGGGUGUCAUAAACUUGGAGUCUCUCGGUAAGAGGGGAUAUCGAGUACCUCCUUCAGGAACCAUUCAAGUGACCUUAUUUAACCCCAAUAAGACAGUGGUGAAGAUGUUUGUGGUGAUGUAUGAUCUGAGAGAAAUGCCCGCCAGCCAUCAGACAUUCCUGCGGCAGAGAACCUUCUCAGUCCCAGUCAAACGCGAGUUCAACGGACAGAACAACAAAAAGCCGUCCGCACUGAGUCAAGGACGAACCCUCCGCUACCUCGUCCAUCUGAGGUUCCAGAGCUCCAAAUCUGGAAAGAUCUACCUCCAUCGGGACAUCCGGCUCCUUUUCUCCCGUAAAUCCAUGGAAGUGGACAGUGGUGCUGCCUAUGAGCUCAAGUCAUUCACAGAGUCACCUGCCGACCCCCCUUUCUCUCCCAGAUGCUAAUUUAAUCUAGUCUAGUCUAGUCAAGUCUAUUCUGAUUUUAAUCCAGCAUAGGGGCCUUACUAAAUCAAAAUCUGUCAUCUGCUUGUAUGGGAAUUAAAAAUAGAGAAGCCCACUAAAGCGCACAUAUACAUGCACAGAAGGACUGUUCACAUUAAUGUCCCCUUUCCCUAAAAUACACACAAAUGAAUCUUCAGUGCUUCAACAUUAUUAGGUUUAAAACAACAGAUGGUUGGGAGUUUUCAUUUAGGCUUAUUUCCAGACGUUCGGCAUGGCGUGAGCAGAUACGAUGCAGGAAAAACUAAAUCAAUGGACCAUUUUUUAAAAACAAAAGUCAAGUAACUGAAUAACUGCAAGGAUGUUUGAAGAGCACUGUGUUUUUCCACCACAACUGGAAGAAAAUGAGUUUUGUUCAAUGACUUUUUUUCUUUGUACUGUUACCAAACCACUUUAAUCGGAAGUGUUGCAAUAGAAAAACAAAUAUCUUACUAGCUUAGUGUUUACAUAUUUACUUUUUUGUCAUCAGUUAUUUAAUAUUUAAAUUGAUCUUUCAUUUACUGCACAUGUGAUGCCUGUUGUGCAAAACAUUAUGAUGUAGUGCAAGAUAUGUUUCAAUCAUACCAUGUAUUUUUGUCUUUCAAAUUCAGAUCUUAAAAGAAUUAUAUAUUAUAUCUAUAAAAUUACCUUUAAACAUGCA